ACAUUUCAAAUUAUAACAAAUUUGAAUUUUACAUUCAAUUAUAUCGCUUCAUUGAUUGAUUAAUAUGGUUGGGUAAAUAGCCAAUUAAUUGUCGUUAAAAAGAAAAAAAAACGUAUAUAGUAAUUUCAUUAGGACGUUUAAUUGAAGGCAAAAAUGGGCAAUCGUGGUAGUAAAGCACCAGGAAAUCAGGAAUUUUACUGCUUGAGGCAACAAGACGUCCGUAUUUUCGCCGAAAUUAGUAAAUCUCUUGAAGCUGAUCUAUCUCACUAUGGAACCCAAUUCUACUCUUUGCUCUUCCAGAAUCAUCCCGAGUACUUGAAGUACUUUCAGCAAAGUAACACGCACGAGUUCCAGGCGUACCAUACCCUAAUGGGAACGAAAUUCAGCCUGAUUUGUAGCACUGUCGCAGCACUGUUUUUGGACUACACGCACAAACCUGAACCUCGUGAGCAUUUAUUGGGCUACAUCGCAAUGGUGCACAGGGAUAUGGAUUUGGAUCAGAAGGAUAUGGAAAACUUCAUGAUGGACUUCAUGGAGAUGUUGACCCUACAGUUUCCUAAGCAAAUGACGGGCGAGUGUUGUUUGGGCUACAUGAGAUACGCCGCGUCUCUGGUAUCACGUAUAAAUGUCCUUAUGAUAAAGCAUCGAGAGAUUGGAAGUAUGAGUAGAGUGGAAAACCAAGCCAAUAAAAGACGUUCGACAUUUGGAUGCUGCCAUCUGGUGAAUUGCAACUGGUCACCUUUUAGUCAGCGUCAUUUCAUUUACGGCCGUACUCCAGAAUACUGGGAAGCAAAGAGGCGAUAUUGGAUCAUGCAACGCGCUGUAUGGGAAUCGACCGAUGGAGAGGGACCCUCUCAGCUGCCACAGAAAGAUACAGCCAAAAAAAGAAGCAUCGCCAACAUUUCUAUGACCUCAUUCAGCGAAGACAGACCCUCUAGUGACGAAAGCUGCGUCCAAGUGAUCAAAGAGCCCAACAGCAUGAGCCACGAAUGGUGGACAAGCGAUCAGGAGCUAAGUGAAAAGAUAAUAAGAUCGAACAGACAUGUUCGGAAGGAACGUCAUUCAUCUAUAUUAUCGAAGAAUGAUACAGCUGACACAUCAAGGAGGAUCACUUCCAUACGAAACGACUUGCAAUCCGAAGGAAAUAUUACGAAUGUUGUGGAACCUGGAGAAACUGUGACACGAGCUUUGAACGCUUCCAUGAAGUCUAUGAAUGGUGGCAAAGCUCCAGAUUCCAAAGCUGAUGGUCGAAUGAAACAAUUUAAUCGUGGAAAUUUACGACGAGUCUCUAUUGCUAACUCCACACCCAGAGAAAGAAGACGACAGAGUCUACAAAAAGAUCCCAGUUUAGAGAGCCAUUCACAUAACAUCGACGAGUCAAAACAACUGCGGGCACGAAGAUUGACAAUUCAUACCAAGCCGAGAAAUUACCGUGAUUCUUCUGAUAAUGACAUAGAAGGCAGAAAUUUUCGUUCGGAUCUUCUGACGUCCUUGAGCGUUGCUACCAAUGAGACGAGAAACCAAGGAACAUCCAUAAGUAACGUGUCCAGUACAUCUGGAGCGUUUGGCGAAAUUGAUCACAUGGGAUCAGUAACGUACUACGAUGGCCAAAGAUUUCGUACAUUGUUCUCACCCAGAAAUAUGCCCCGCACUAGUAUCAUCAGCACAGCUGGUUCUGGGAGUAAAGCUAACAAGGUCCCCAAACGCGUGUCUAUAUCAAAUGCUCAGUGGACUUCGUCCAAAGACUCUGACUAGUGGAAGAGAUGCAGAACAAGGUGGUUGUCGACUAGGUACUUGGACAAUGUAUAAAUAAAUCCAUUCAAAUUAUGUACUUAAAAUUUAUUUGUACACG